AAGCGGGUCCUCAAGUACAAUAGAAUCACUAGUUCAUACAAAUACCACAGAUAUAUGUUCUAUCUGUAAUUAAUUAUAGGAAGAACAUAUUUUUUUACUGAUGCAGUUGAUUUAAAGAUCCUUUUACAACCAUUUGAAGUCAUUAUCAGACUCUUCAUAUUGGAAUACUGAAUGGGAGCCGCGUAGUUCACCCUUGCCUAAAGGAUGGACAGUGAAGUGAUUCCCAAUGAUGAAUGUAAUGUCGAUAAUGCAACUUCACCAACUGUGGAUCCUAAGUUGCCGAAUGGUGAAGGUAUGCAGACAGAAAGCAUUGAUGUGUCAAAGGCCCAAGAAAACGAUGGUUGCUCGUUUAUAGAAGAGGAGAGAAAUGCGGUAAUUGCUGCUGCUGUUGCCGACUUUGAUGCAGAUGACCAGUGCGAAGAGAAUGAUGGUGAUGACGAUACAGUCAAUGUCAUUAUAAAGCCUUCCAGUAAAACAGGGAUUUACAAAACCGGCGCAGCUUACCAAGCGCGAUCAGUCGCUCACACAACCCAACAUCAGAAAGUCGCUCGUCAAGGUGUAGAAUUGGAUGAUCCAGGAAAUAUUAAUGGAAUCCCAACUGUCGAGUACAAUCUUUCCACAUUAGGAGAUGAAGAAAAACCAUGGAAGCGACCCGGAGCCGAUAUAACAGACUACUUUAAUUAUGGAUUUACUGAAGAAACGUGGAUCCAGUAUUGUGAGAAACAGAAAAUCUUGAGACAGGAAUAUGCAAACACAACACUGAAGCCUGUUUUAAGUAGUGGGGGUGCCAAUUUGUUACAGCGGAUUCGUUCUGGCACAGUUUCUUCCAAUACCCGUUCAUUUGAUGGUUCUAAACAAGCUAGUAUCAAUGUAAUAAAUCUGAGUGGUCCUGGAUUAAACAUGCGAUAUUUAAAUUCUAUUUCCAGCUCUAAAUCCGGAAAUUCCCCAUCUGAUGUCUCAAAUCGUCUCUUAAAUGGAACCGCAAAUAAUUCUUCAAACUUACUCAGUCAAUUCAACCAACCACCACCUGGCUAUUUAGGUGGAACUCAACAAACGAAUGGAAAUACAACUGGUACUGGUGUUUUUAACAUACCUCCUCCAGGUUUUGGAACAUUAACACCUGGAAACAAUUCACAAGUCUUAAAUGCUACAAAUCCCGCUGCUGCUGCUGCAGCCGCUGCUUUAUUUCCUAACCUUGCAGUUCCUCCUCCUGUUGUGAACAAUCUAACCGGAUGGCCUACUGGAAAUAUGGCACUAUCUAGUCUGAUUGCAUCUGGUGAUGCUAUUAUUGAUCCUACUACUGGUCAAAUUAGUGGUAUCAUUGAUCAUGGAGAUCGUAGCCCAGGUUCAAUGUACUCUAAUGAAGAUCCAAUGUCUCGACGCGGACGGCGUCAUUACCAUCCAGACGAAAUUAGUUAUUACGAAAGAGAAAGCUAUCGAUCACGUCGUCGUAGUCGUUCAAGUAGCAGAGAACGUUAUCAUUCUCGGCACCGUCGCCAUCGUGAUUCAUCAAGAUCUGGAAGAGAAUAUGAACACCGUAGAGGAACAUCACAUCAUUCUCGCCGUUCACGCGAAGACCGUUACUCUGGAGGGGUUGUUGGUGCAGAGGAACACGCGUCUACCGAAGCUCCCUCACCAAAUCCAUCUGGCGUUGGAUCACAUCGAGGCAGUGGGCGACGAAGUGAUCGCGAUCGACCUGGUCGAGACCGAAGCCGUGAAAGAGAUCGUAGUAGGCAUAGAAGUGAACGUCGGGAUCAUGAACGGUCAGUUCGCCCUUCUAGACAAAGCGAUCGUCGUUCAUCGCGUCGCAAAGAACAACCUUCCCCACCAAGACCCCCUGUUACUUCAGAUAAACAACCAACUACCAAACCUGAUCCUCUUUCAGCUGCCGCAGCAGCAGCUGCCAACAUUGCCGCCGCCUUGGGAGCUACAAACUCCAGUGGCAAAGCUUCUUGACAAGCCAUUUAUUUCUUUGGACAGAUAUUGCUGCACUGUACAGUUUUUGUAUUUUAAACGAAUAUGUUUUUCAAACCUGAAUUUCGUCCAUUUUGUGGUUCUUUACUAUUUGAAUCUUUAGUCCAUUUUUUAUGGUCGUAGUCUUUCACUCUAGUAUUCUACGAAAGACUCCAUUAUACUCAUGAUAGAUAUGCUUUGUCUUCAGUGAGUUUACUGAUUGCUGGGGUUUGUAUCCCUCAAUCUAUUAAUAGAGGAAUUCCUCGUCUAAAGCUUGCAACUUGUAUAGUCAAUCUUUUGAAGACAUAUAAAUACGAUGAAUAGUCCCCUAAACACAUUUACGCUUAGGAGAAUACACUAGUAGUAAUUGAACGUCCGGGCCAAGAUCCGUGAUAGUAAAUCUGAACCCAGUAUAAUCGUAGCAGAGUAGCUAGUAACAUAAAUCCUACUUCAAAUCUUACUGUACAUAUGCAGUCAAACUGACGAAAUCUUCGUCGACUUGCAUAACCAAGUGUCGGUAUAUUGACCAUUAUGCUAGUAGACCAAGUUGGUUCACAGAUGGGUUAUUUUCCAACAAAGUAUGGAAUUAGACUGAAAUAUAUCCUGUGGUUGGAAUUUUCAUUGUAUCGUAUCUACUGGUAAAGAGCUUUGAGUAGAUGUUUUGAUGGUAACUUACUGUUGACUGGUCCUAAGUGUACCCUUGCACAAUGUCUCUUAACGUAGACCCAUCAUUGUUAUGUCACGGACGUCCACAUCUCACACGCUUAUAAGCGUUGGUCACAGUGUACUUUGCCUUACGCCGUUAGUAGGAGUGUACUGUAAGAAUAAGAUAAUGGGAGUUGCAAAAGUGACUUCAAAGGUAUAACAGUGAGAUGCAUCAACCUAGAACAUGCUCUCCAUUUGAUUAUCGUUGAUUGAAAUGAAGAGCGGUGGACAGUAAUCAAAUAGUCAACUUUAAGUGGUGUUCAACAGGACUAACUACGUUUUCCAUUUUUGCCCAGCCUAGUAAUAGAUAUCCUUUAAGAUGCAAAGGUUUCGAUCUUCCUACUUUGCAAACAAACUCCUAGCCAUUAUAUUCACAUACCGGCCUGGAGAAAAUCCUAUUUCUCAGCGGCCGACUGACUACGCUAUAAACUAACAGUACCGUGUUUGGCGUGGGGUUCUCUGUCCUUAGUUGCAAAACAUCGCUUUUGGACUGGUCUACGUCAAUACCUGAGUCUCACCAACACUAAUGAGCUGAAAGACAGUUAAAUAAAAAGUAAUGGCCAAGUUGGGUUUCGACUGUAUUUUGAAUGUAUAAGCCAAGAAUAAAGUUCCCACCAAAUGUCAGAUUUCUCUAAAAUAACAUAUAACCAUUACAACGUAUGCUGUAUGGCAACGACCGUUGUUUAUUAGUAUGGAAGAUAAAGCAGUGCUUACAUGUGAUUAUGUUUUAUGGUUGAUUUAAAGAGGGGCAAUCUCUGCGAAUCUCGACCUUCUUUAGCCUCCUACAACACAUUGAAACCCGUCAGUCUACUCCGGGUGACUGUGAGUUUGACCACAAAUGACGACUGUUACGUAAUGAAAUCGGGCAAAGCUUGCGUAAG